UUGCUUUACUGUAGUCAGUACACGCGAGCCGUGGUCAGCGGAGUUGUCCUGCCACUCUGAUACAGAUUCAGUCAAAAAAAAAAAAAAAUCUUUCACCGUCUGUUCUUAGGUAGCAGUCGUUUUUUAGACAGUGCGAACCGUUUCGACGAGAACAGCCAUAAUUUCGUCUGUGGAGGGACUGAAUACAGUAGGCUAUUAAUGACCUGACAUUCAUUGGAUUGCUCAGAAAACUGAUAAGCUGAACUCUUCGUUGAAAAUCGUUUCUGGGCUUCACUGUUCACUUAACGGAGGCGGAACUCUGCAAAGCAAAUAGAUGCGAUUUCAUGAGUUUAAAUGACAGUGGGCUAUAGAGGAUUUCCAUUCAAAGUAUCAAGCAGCGACUCUUUAGGUUGCUGAGAACUCAAGAAAGACGGCAUCUAACUACAGGUGACCAAGAAGGUAUCGGUCGUUGGAGGACAUGGAUUCCACAAAAGCAGCAGGGGGUGUGAUAGCGUACAUCAGCUCCUCAAGUACGGCCUCCAGCCCGGAGUCAUGUCACAGCGACUGUUCCAAUGGCAGCUACCAGUCCUCCUCCCCGUCGCCAGCCCCAUCGCUAGGACAACGGCAGGCCCAACAAAAACACUCGGCUGCAGCCACAACCACGUCACGAUCGGCCACCGGGAAGACACGCUCUCCUUCCACUGCGAAAUGCGGCAUCACUAAAAUCAAUGGCCUGGUGCUUUUGUGUAAAGUGUGUGGAGAUGUGGCCUCAGGGUUCCAUUACGGGGUUCACGCCUGCGAAGGCUGCAAGGGCUUUUUCAGGAGGAGCAUCCAGCAGAACAUCCAGUACAAGAAGUGCCUUAAGAACGAGAGCUGUCCCAUCAUGCGCAUUAACCGCAAUCGUUGUCAGCAGUGCCGCUUUAAGAAAUGCCUGCUGGUGGGCAUGUCCAGAGAUGCUGUGCGAUUCGGCCGUAUCCCCAAGCGGGAGAAGCAGCGGAUGCUUCUGGAAAUGCAGAGUGCCAUGAACAACAUGAUGAACAACAGCCAGCUCCACGACCAACUCCACGGCACCCAGGCGCCUUCUCCGCCGCUUGGCAACCCGUCGCCCCCGUGUCCCGCGGUGAAGGUCCCCGUCAAAGGCCAGUCGCCCACCCCCAUGUCCUCUUCCUCCUCCUCCUCCUCUUCCUCGCCAGGCUCCUCUCCCCGCAGCAGCCAAUUGGAGUCCAGCGCUGACGGCGAGCCGUCCAUGCCCAUGGACACCAGCCCGAGCUCGUCCUCCUCGUCCAGCGGCACGGAGAGCGGCGAGGAGGAGGUCAUCGGCACGGUGACGCGCGCCCACCAGGAGACCUUCAUGUACAACCAGGAGCAGGGCAGCCCGUCGUCCGCCGAGCAGCAGCGGCGCUCGCCCAACGCCACCGAGCGCGCUCACAGCGACAGCAAGCAGAUGGAGGAGCGGCAGGAGCGCCAGGACGCCUGGAACAACUACAGGAACAACGUCACCACGGCCACGGGCCACAGCAAUAACCCCACGGCAGCUAGCUCUCAGGCCAAUACCUCAGAGGGACAUCCGUCCAUCCACGCCAUGGACAACGCUCCCAGGCACUGCCCAGUGCCGAUGCCCAGCGCUGCCCCCAGUGGCCGUUGUCCUGUCACAGGACACAGUAUGCCUCACAGAGCUGUGAACAACAGGGACAACGGCUUCAGUGGACCAGCAUGGAGAGGGGGCAACAGAAUGUAUCUAGUGUGUCCCAUGAACACCACCCCCUAUGUGGACCCGCAGAAGUCAGGCCACAGCAUCUGGGAGGAUUUUUCCAUGAGCUUCACCCCGGCGGUCCGAGAGGUGGUCGAGUUUGCCAAACGCAUCCCGGGCUUCCAGGAUCUCUCUCAGCACGACCAAGUCAGCCUCCUGAAAGCUGGCACAUUCGAGGUGCUGGUGGUCCGCUUCGUGUCGCUGUUCGACGUGAAGGAGCGCACGGUGACCUUCCUGAGCGGUAAGAAGUACAGCGUGGAGGCCCUGCGCUCCAUGGGCGCCGGAGACCUGCUCAACUCCAUGUUCGACUUCAGCGAGAAGCUGCUGGCGCUCAGCCUGAGCGAGGAGGAGAUGAGUCUCUUCACCGCCGUGGUGCUUGUUUCCGCAGAUCGAUCUGGCAUCGAGAAUGUGAACUCCGUAGAGGCGCUUCAGGAGACCCUGAUCCGCGCACUACGCAGCCUUAUCACCAAGAACCACCCCAACGAGGCCACCAUCUUCACCAAGCUGCUGCUCAAGCUGCCCGACCUGCGCUCCCUCAACAACGUGCACUCGGAGCAGCUGCUCGCCUUCAAGGUCCACCCGUGAGGCCCGCUGCGCCAAGGAGGACGCUCGCUCCUCCGUCCUCCCUCCCAAAAGCGGCCGCUAGAGGAGCCGGGGACCACGCCACUUUCCCCUUCCUUUUGGAGACGAAUCCCUCCCUGACCUCCCUCCCUCUCGUCUGGCCCUUAGACGAUGGAGGACCCAGGGAGGUGUGCUCCGUUGUUGUUAUUUUAAGAGGAACGUGGUUUCGUUUCUUCCUUAAUAGAAGACCUAGACUUGCCAGGGUAAAUGUUAGGCUAAGGUUGAAGGGGGGGAGGGACUUUAAAAAUGAAAUCUAUUGUACGGUAAGGCACUGUUGCCUCUUGUUGUAGUAUUGUACAGAUUCUUAGACUUAAGCUUGAAGGUUAAUGAUGUAUAUGUUUGUAAACAUUUUGUGUAAGUGUGGGGGGAUGGGGUAGGGACUGCAAGUUUGCACUUGGCCUCUUUAGAAACACCUUUUUGAAUCGUUAUGAAUUUAUGUUGCUGCGUUGUUCGUGCAAUAUUUGACACGCGACUCAGAAAACUGAAAAGGAGCACACUCCUAUAGUUUGCCUCACGGCUGUCGGCUGCCUUGGCAGCUGGCCUGAGGAGAACCAUAACAAAACUUAAUGCAUUUAUGAACAAUGCUACAAAUAGAUAGGUUUAACAGAGGGUUGGAUGGAAAACACUAUACCUUCUACUUGUUAAUGAUGAAGAAACGUUACAAUCUUGCCCUAUGGAGGUGCAUAUAGUUACAGCUCCUCUCUAAAAUAAAAAGUAACUGAACAGUGAAGACUAGUGGACAACGAUGACCUCGGCCCUGGGUCUCCGUAUUAGAUGUAUUCUCUCGUUGUUGUUGUUGACAGCAGCCAUAUAAAUCAAUCGGCAACUAAAGCACUCACAUUUCAAGCCAGAGCUCACGGUGCACCUGUAUGUGUUCAGUGGCAUUGAUGGAUUAUUUGGCUACUUUAUAAACUCCUUCUGAAGUUGUGCGUCGACAGACAUACUGGCAAUGACUCGAAAGGUCCUGUGAACAAACAAAGUGGCGUCAGGACAAGCCUAAAGGCUUGACGCUCCAGGACCGGACACUCGACUGACCUGUGGACUGUCCGUUACUGGCUGGUGGGACCCAAUCCAAAUGAUUGACCACAUUUGUCUUCUAUUGACAACAAAAUUGCAGUCCAAUUAAAACACAUAGCAUGAAUUUGGUCACCACCACAUCAUUUGUAUACUUUUUUCACAGAGAAGCAGAGAGAAUGUUUGGUCUCCUGUAUGAUGGAAGGGGAUAUGUGAUUAGGAUAUGUGAAGCUCUAAUAUUCUGAGAGAGGCGUGUAAACUUUUUUUGUCCCUUUGUCUUAGUAUUGACUUCUUCAGCUUUCUUUUUUAAUGUACAUUUUUCUCCUUUUCUUUUUCCAGUUGAGAGUUUUGAUAAGUGAGAGUCGAUGCAGGUUUUUAGUUCCAUGUUGUUAUACUACAUUACAUUACAAUUAUUUUUGUCAUCAUGAUCCAAAAGUGCAGUCAGUCAGACAGAGUGGGGUUUGUUGGUGGGACUUCCUGUAUGCUACAAGAACUGAUGGAAUGGGGCGGGGCAAUGAGGAAGUCUGAAUAAAAACCCAUUUGAGCAAAGCACCUGAGCCAUACCCAGGUGGUGUCGGACUCUAGAUUGAACCAGAACAAAUUCUUCUUGAUUGUUAGCUCCUGUUUUGAAACCAAGCCCCAGUCUGAAGAAAGAGUUGUCUUUAACUUUGUAGUUUGACUUGAAAGAACAGCAUGAUUGUAACACUGACAAUUAAUAUGUGAUUGUAGAUGAGAUCUGGUUUACAGAGGCGGUACGAAGAGUUGAACUGUGGAUACAGAUUUAAGUUGAAACCUUUUCCAUUGAAUACGCUCCCUAUCUUUUUUGGUAGUCUCUCUCAAAGCUUCUGUCCAUGUGAGCAUUGUGUUGAUAUGCUGUGGUCUAUCUCUGUUUUCUUCUGUGAAACCAUUGCAAAAUACAUAGAUUUCUAUAUGUAUAAAUAUAAAUAAUAUAAAUAUAUCCAUAAUAAAUAAACAUAUAAAUGUG